AUGGUUGUGACAAUUUUCGACGACCGCUGCGCCGAGCUUCGCGCUCCUGGCUUCCUCAACCUGACAAUUUCCAUCAUCAUCCUCAUCGGUCUCGUUGUCUCGUACCUGCCGCAGCACUACCGCAUCAUCGCCAGAGGUACCUCGGAAGGCAUCUCGCCAUGGUUCGUCUUGCUGGGUGUCACGUCCGCCACUGCCGGCUUUGCCAAUAUCUUGACCGUUCCGCCCUCGAGACGCGACAUCGCCUGUUGUAGCGAAUUGGGCACGUUUGAGUGUGCUGCUGGUCUGCUCGGCAUCGCCCAGCUGGGCAUGCAAUGGAUCUCCUUUGCGUUGAUCCUCGUCCUAUUUCUCAUCUUCUUCCGAUACGACGAUGCCGCCAUCCCCGAUGAGGAGCUGGUCGAUAAGCCGCCGUCGUGGCAUACUGCCAUAAUGGUCGGUUCCGUAUGCUUGAUCCACGGCCUGCUCGUUAUUAUCCUGACUGUGGUCUUCACCACCGUACUAAGAGAUCACCUCGACUCGUGGGCAAAUUUCCUCGGUAUCAUGUCUGCCACGCUCGCCACGGUGCAGUACAUUCCGCAGAUCUGGACGACCUACCACAUCAAGCACGUCGGCAGCUUGAGCAUCCCAAUGAUGUGCAUCCAGACCCCAGGUGGCUUCCUUUUCGCUGGAAGCCUGUUUGCCCGCCUGGGCUGGGAGGGAUGGAGCACGUGGGGCGUCUUCAUCCUCACUGCAUCAAUACAAGGCAUUCUUCUUGCCAUGGCCAUAUACUACGAAUUCCAGAACCACCACGGAGAGCCACAGUCUCCCACCCUCAUCGACGAGCCGAGACGUCCCAACCCAAGCAGAACGUAUUCGGAGGGUUGGGAGCAGGGUCUCCCAGGCCCCUACACGGCCCAUCCCGAACGGUACGCCGAUACAGAGGAGGAGUUGGAGCGGUUACAAGACAGAGAGGAGCGGCAGGUCGAGCGGGAGACGAGACCCUUGCUGCGUCCUGGCGGCAUCGGCGAUCCGCACAAGAAUUACAAUGCCACGGACGACUGA